AUGUUGGAAGACAAACUCACAAGACUUACUAUCUAUCUAUCUAUCUAUUCCACUAUUUCAGAAUGUAUCUAUCUCGCACUUUCAAUAAUCUAUCUAUUCAUUCAUUCAUCUAUUAUCUAUUCCAGCAUCAUAAUUUAUCUAUUACUUACUUAUGCAUUCAAUAUCUAUUCCACUAUUUCACACCGCAUCUAUUUGCAUAAUCUAUCUAUCUAUCAUUAUCUAUCUAUCUAUCUAUCUAUCUAUCUAUCUAUCCAGCAUUUCAUAAUUUAUUCAUCUAUCUCAUUAUCUGUCUAUACCAUUCUAUCUAUCUAUCUAUCUAUCUAUCUAUCUAUCUAUCUAUUCCAGCAUUUCAUAAUUUAUCUAUUUUUUUUCAUCUUCCUCCUUCUCUUUCAAUAUCUACUUUCUCUAUCUCUCCACUCCUCUCUAAUAAAAUGUAAUCUCUCCUCAUUCACUCUUCCUCCUGUCUACCAAUCGUUCCCUCUCUUUGUCAACGUUUGUAUUCCUCUCUACUACUGUUCACUCAUGAUGUCCUCGUUUUCUCUAUUACAAAACUUACCCUCUUUUUACUCUCUUCCUUCUUCUUCGCCUCCUCCUUCCUUUUCACCAAGCUUACUUCUUUCUGUUCUAUCAAUUCCGACAACGACAGCCUAUACCUCUCUUUCUCUUUAUUUAACACUUUCUAUUUCCUCUCUCUAUCUCUCCCUCCCUCUCAUGCCCAUUUCCCGUUCUCACCAUUUCAUCCUCUCUACAACCAUUACUCCGUCUCUCACUUUCUCUCUUAAUUGCUUCAUUUUCUCUCUCUCUCCCCGUUCUCUCGAUGACCUGCACAUCCUCCUCCCGUUCAGUUUUCCUCACUCCUACUUCUCUCUUUCUCUCGCUCACUCUCUUUCUUUCUCUCACUAA